AUGCCAGUUGCGGACAGCAACAUGCUGGUGGACAACGGCCACGGGAAGUACGAGGGCAAGACCCCCUGCGGCGCCGGGAGCGAGAGCAUCUCCCCGGCGUCGCUGGGCAGCCCGGCCGCGGACAUCCUGAAGAACUUCUACCACACCAAGCGGGUCGGGAACUACCUGAUCGGGAGGAAGCUGGGAGAAGGUUCCUUCGCCAAAGUGAGAGAAGGUCUCCAUGCGCUAACCGGGGAGAAGGUGGCGGUGAAGGUGAUAGACAAGCGGAAGGCCAAGAAGGACUCGUACGUGACCAAGAACCUGCGGCGGGAGGGCCACAUCCAGCAGAUGAUCCGCCACCCCAACAUCACGCAGCUGCUGGACAUCCUGGAGACGGACAACAGCUACUACCUGGUGAUGGAGCUGUGUCCCGGCGGGAACCUCAUGAACCGCAUCUACGACAAGAAGCGCCUGGACGAGAGGGAGACGCAGAAGUACAUCCGGCAGCUGGUGCUGGCUGUGGAGCACCUGCACAGGGCGGGCGUGGUGCACAGGGAUCUGAAGAUAGAAAACCUGCUGUUGGAUGAGCAGGACAACAUAAAGCUUAUAGACUUUGGCCUCAGCAACUGCGCUGGCAUCCUGGGAUACUCGGACCCCUUCAGCACCCAGUGUGGCAGCCCGGCUUAUGCCGCCCCGGAGCUGCUCUCCAGGAAGAAGUACGGCCCGAAGGUGGAUGUCUGGUCCAUUGGUGUGAACAUGUACGCCAUGCUGACCGGGAAUCUGCCGUUCACUGUGGAGCCCUUCAGUCUCCGAGCGCUGCACCAGAAGAUGGUCGACAAGGAGAUGAACCCUCUGCCUCCUUCACUCUGCACAGCUGCCAUCUGUCUGCUGAAGAAGCUUCUGGAGCCAGAUCCCAACAAGCGUCCCAACAUCCACCAGGUGAUGGCCGACUCCUGGCUGCAGCUGGCCAACAAGAACACCGGGGCACCGUACCUCAACAGGAUCCACAUCGAAGAAAUCAACCACACGGUGUUGCUGCACAUGACGGAGAAAAUGGACUACAAGCACAGCGAGGUCCUGAGCGCCGUGCUCACCAACCGAGCCUGUCACACUCUGGCCGUCUACUUCCUCCUCAACAAGAAAAUGAAGAGAAUCUCUAAAGAAUACAGGGAGAUGCAGUUCCAGGAGCAGAAGAAAGGCGAGAAGCAGAAGAGCGAAUACUUCCAGACGCAGUGGAGGAAGCACGUGGACAAGCUCACCAUCCCGCCCAAGCAGACGCCCGUCUACCUGGCCGCCAGCAAGGGGCCCAGCAAGGAGAAGAAACACAGGACAGGUCUUUUGCGUGUCAUAACCGGUGGCCAUCGGAACUCCCCCCUGGCCCCCCCCGGCACCGUAGCUUCUUCGUCAAUGGAGUAUCUUGAGAUCCAGCCGCUUUACAACAACACCCCUAAGCAGCGGAGGCGACUGGCCACCCUGCCUCAGGUCAACACGACGAGCCCAGAGCACAACAUCCCCGCUCCGCCCGCACCCUCACCCAUCGGCAUGCACUCCUUCGGCUCCCUCUCCAAAGCCGAACCCAUCGAAGACGCCCCCUCUUCCCCCUGGUACAAGCUGACCAACGGCACGCUGGCACCCCCCCGACACGUCUCGGCCUUCCAUCCCGACUCCUCCUACUUAAAGAAGGCCACGAUCCCCAGUCCUCCGGUCCUCAUCGUCAACCCGCUGCCCAAGAAGAGCAUCUCGUCGGAUUGGUGCGGCUCCUCCGACACCAGCGGCAGCCCCCCCAGCACCAUAGGAAGCCCCCCGGGUAGCUCGGCGUUCAGCCCCCCCAAGUCGGCCUUCAGUGCCCUCCAGUCAGCGUUCAGCCCCCCCUCCAACAGCAGCAGCAGCGACCCCGAGAGCCCCACCCACCGCAGCCGCUUCCCCUCCAUGGGCAUCGGACGCAUCCUGAAGAAGAAGGUGCAGCUGCAGCCCUUCAGCUUCCGACCGGAACAGGUUUUGGAGGAAGUGGUUUCUCCUCCUCCCUACCCCAUGCAGACUCUCCUCUGUGCUUCUGGUGCGCUCAAGACCCUCUGCUGAGGGGGGGCGGACCACCAGAGAGAAGAACGAAAGACAGACUGAACUCAAGGCCCCUCUCAACACGUGAUUGAAGUUGGAGCGGUCUCUUCCCGAGCGGCCUUCUGAACUGUGAACUGUCCCUUUGUUGUGACUGAGCCACUUUUUAUGACACCGUGAUCCUUUAAAUGAGAAAUUAGGAAGAAAACAAAAGUUGUCUGAGCGAGAGUUAAUAAUAUAUUAUCGCUCAUCGGUGCUUGAGUAAAGAGAGGCGGUGACACAGAGGAUGAGAUUUGAAGCAGAUCCUAAACCUCACGUUGUCCUAGAUACAAAGUGAACAUGGGACUUCAUUUAAUGUGGCGCAAGGUGUACACACACCUACACAUGUGCACACACACACACACACAAAACACUGUAUUAUACACUGAGCCAACACUUACUCCCUCAUGUAAUAUUUGCUGUUACUAACUGAGCCGCAGACUGAUUUCACACCAGCUAACGGACCCGCUUCCCCUGACCCUGAGUACAUGUUUAAAUGUUUUGUCUGUGUUAAAAACUCGCUAAGAAAUCCACUGACCUCCAGUGUCCCCAGUGCUGACUGGAUUUUUUUAAAAAAGAAAAGAAAAGAAAAGCAAUCUUAAAUGCACUAUUCUUAAAAUACCAAAACGUGUACUAACAACGGUGUUGACCAUCUUUUACCUCACUGCAUAAUUCAUACGUUGAUGUGUAACAGCGGUUGAUUGUGACGCGCUUGUGUGGAUUCACCGUGUCGGAGCGUUAGUGCCAUUAGAUCCGAGGAGAAGUCACUUUUUUUAUAGCUCUCACAUUAAUGAUCACUUGCAUUUUCUACACACGAGUGUUGCGUAACUUUUUUGACCCACAAGUCUUAAUCCUGACUUUCUUACAUCGGGAUGCGUCUGUUUAUAGUCGGUUUUGAAGAUAAAAAAAGAAACGAUUUAAAAAAAAAGAGAUUUAAAGGCCUUAUGAAACUGAUCAACCUCGCCCGAGGAUGAGGGAAGGAAGGGAGGAAGAACACGAUCGAAUAAAAAAGAAUAAACUCACUUCCUUUUGUCUUAAUACUGUAGUUUGUGCAAUAGUCUUAAGUGUUAUCUGCAAUGACGAGUAUUUGCCAAGAGCUCCCUGAGAGUUAUGUGAAAUAUUGUGCUUGUAAAUAUUGACGAACUUGUGUUCCCGUCGCGUGCAAAGGGAUUUCUGAAGCUUCGGGUUGUUCAACUCCAUAAAACGGUCCGAUUCUUCGGAAAGAGGCGUCACCACCAGGCGUCUCAACUGUUAACGUACAUACCGCAGAAUCUCUUCCUGUCCAAAAUUUUUUUUUAAAACUUGCAUGCAAUGUUUUCACAAGUCGAAACCGUGUUGUCAACAUUUGAAAUAACGUCUUUGUACCUUUUUUUCUGCUCCUGCUUGAUACUGAG